AUGCACCCCAAGAUCAACACGUUCUUCAAGCGCCAGGCCACGGGGCCGGAUUCGAACAGCGAAGCGGCGGAGGCGAAGAGGCCCAAGAGCUGCGGCGACGGCAAGGUCCUCAAUAAGAAGAGGAACUACGGGCAGUUCCACCUGGAGCUGGGGCAGCCUGAUUUCCUCCUCCACAUGUGCGCGGCCUGCGGCAUGAUGUACGCCCGCGGCAACGACGAGGACGAGAAGGUCCACAGGGCCUACCACAAGGGCUGCCUCGAGGGCGUCCCGUUCAAGGGUUGGCGCGAGGAAACCGUGGUUAUGAGGUCCGAGGGCGGUGACCGGAUAAUUCUAGCAAGCGGUGAAAACUCAUGUAUACGCAACAGCAAGGUUCAGGAGGUGAUCAAAGUGGUGGAGAAGGAGCUGGGGUUUGGUGAAGGCCAGCUCCUUCAUAAGCUCUGCAAGGUGUAUCUGUUUGUAUCUGGCGGGAGGAUAGCGGGGUGUCUAGUUGCCGAACCGAUAAAAGCAGCACACAAAGUUAUUCCAAGCUCUGCAUCGGAAAACCGAAGCAAUUUGCCGGACAAUAAGACUGAAUCAGCACAGGCAAACCAUACAUUGGAGUUUGGGAAAAUAAGCUUCAAGAGGGAAGUCCUACGACGGCAUAAUCACCCCGACAAGAGUAAAGAAGAGUGCCAGGGCCCUGGUGCCAUAGUCUGCGAAGAAGAAGCUGUGCCCGCGCUCUGCGGAUUCCGGGCAAUCUGGGUGGUGCCAUCGCGCAGAAGAAAGGGAAUAGCGUCGCAGCUUGUGGACGCUGCACGGAAAAGCUUCUGUGAAGGCGGCAUGUUGGGGAUCUCACAAUGUGCUUUCACGCCACCAACCUCUGAAGGGAAGGAGCUAGCAUCGACCUACUGCAAGACCAGUGCAUUCUUAGUCUACAGGGAUGGAGAUGUAUAG